AUGGAAAACGUUUCAGUUCUGUGUAAGGAAGAGGUUCAGAUGGAUUUGCCUCCAGGGUUUAGGUUUCAUCCAACUGAUGAAGAGCUUAUUAGUCAUUAUCUUUACAGAAAGGUAACUGAGACUAACUUCUCAGCGAGGGCCAUUGGAGAGGUGGACUUAAACAGGUCUGAGCCUUGGGAUUUGCCAUGGAAGGCCAAAAUGGGAGAGAAAGAAUGGUACUUUUUCUGUGUGAGAGACAGGAAAUACCCAACUGGUUUGAGGACCAACAGGGCCACCGAAGCGGGAUACUGGAAGGCCACAGGGAAAGACAAAGAGAUUUUCAGAGGUAAAUCUCUUGUGGGGAUGAAGAAAACUUUGGUUUUCUACAAAGGAAGGGCACCCAAGGGAGAGAAAACUGAUUGGGUCAUGCAUGAAUAUAGACUUGAGGGUAAAUUCUCUGUCCACAACCUCCCCAAAACUGCAAAGAACGAGUGGGUGAUUUGCAGGGUGUUUCAGAAGAGUUCAGGUGUGAAGAAGAUUCAUAUUCCUGGGAUAAUGAUGUUGGACUCUUAUGGAAACGAAUUGGGUUCUUCUGCUUUGCCACCCCUCACUGAUUCCUCACCUUCCAUUGGCAACACCAAAGCACUAAGUGUGACUGAACCGGCUUACGUGCCCUGCUUCUCCAAUCCAAUUGAUGUCCCAAGAGGGAUCUUUGAUUCCUUGAGCAACAUCAACAUCAACAACAACAACCUUUGUGGGGUUUCUUCAAACCAUUCAUUUUACUCCACUCAAGGGGUUCAACUUCAGGCUCCACCAACUCUGCAAUCACCCGACUCUUCAAACCAUUACCUUAAAUCCUUCCUUCACAACCAUGGAAACGGAUCACACUUGAGGAAUGGUUUUGAACCUGAGAGGGAAAUGGUUAGUGUCUCACAGGAUACAGGUGUUUCUACUGAUGUGAAUGCUGAAAUCUCUUCAGUUGUGUCAAAUCUUGACAUGGGUAAAAGGCAUUUUGAGAAUCAUAACAACCCAAUUGGUUCAGCUGCACCAGUGGACCUUGCUACCCUGUGGAACUACUGA